GUAAACUGUGGUAGUCGUCCCUGUCAGCACGGUGCAUGCCGGGAUACACCGCGUGGAUUCUCCUGUACUUGUGAUGCAGGGUUCAGUGGAGAGAAAUGUGAUAAUCGCUUACCUGUUGUAAAAGUAACCUCUACAGCGGGAAGUUCUUCAAGUAAAGCCAGCAUGACAUCACAGAGUUCCGCAGGUAAAGUCACUACAGCAGGAGGGUCAUUGGGAAAAGUCACUACAGCAGGAGGGUCAUUUGGAAAAGUCACUACAGCAGGAGGUUCAUUGGGAAAAGUCACUUCAGCAGGAAGUUCAUCGGGAAAAGUCACUACAGCAGGAAGUUCGUCAGGAAUAGGAACUCCAUCUGUCGGCCAUCCCGCGGAUUUGUGUAAAACUUUCUCCUGUGGUCACGGCAAGUGUUUCCAGACUUCUACAACGGUAUUCUGUGUCUGCAGUCCAGGAUUCACCGGAAAGUAUUGCAAUAAAGUGAUGACCAACUCUGGAAGCCGUAAUACAGCUAGUGCUGGUAACCAUGUCCUGACUACAAAUGCUCAUGUGGUAUCAAAGUCUAACAACGGAUACCUUUAUAAAACAACAAACAACGGUUUAACAGGUAAAAUGGGAGGCCUUACCACUACUUACUAUGCACUGAAUGGCAGGACACAAGGUUUCAAUGGAACAGGACAACAUAAUGUUACAAACAAUAACAUUAACAGUAACCAACAAACAACGAGAAAAACCAAUGGGGGCCAAAAUACAAAUAAACAAUACCAUCUCCCUCAAACGACAUCGCAUUCUUUCGUUGGGAUCAUUGGAUCAAAUAAUAAAAUUACUCAAAACAUGUUUGGUACAUCAAAACUAACAAAUAUUCCUGGAAAUCCCACGCUUUCGCAGAAAACGCUGACAAACCUCACAAAUAGCAACACACACAAAUUUGUGCCUGGGUCUCCCAUCAAUAUACAGAAUCAGAAUCAUCAAAGCUCUACCACCCGAAAAUAUGAUGAAGAAAACAGACGAAAAGUGGACAACAUUAGUAAAAUCUGGCCUUUUGGUAUAAUCCCCACAAUGGUGGGGGUCGCCCUCGCUCUGUCCGUACUGGCCACAACUGCAAUCUGCUGUUUCUUCUUCUGGAAGCGUUGGUCGGACGAGAAGAAGAAAAGAAGAAAACGAUUCAAACGUUGGGACAAGAAGAUUCGGCCUCUUCCUCCGACUAAAAAACCACGACCCAUACACAGAUAUUAAUGUGAUAUGCAAAUAAUGGCCCCACAAGAAAUUUUAAUGUCAUCUCAGCUUUGAUUUCUAAUGCUGGGAGAAACGUUUUUUUCAGUAUGCCCAGAAUGUUUCAAUAUUAUUUCUACCUGAUUACAAAGAUUGAAGAAACUAAAAUUAUAAAAUUAAUGAUAUGCUGAAACGCAAAGGAAAAGCAAUAUCCUGUUGUAUAGGUAAUAAUUAUAUAUAGUAGAAGAAUUUGUAUCUUACAUGUAAAAUUAUGGAUAUCGUCAAUAUUG